UUUUACUCUAAAUAUUCAGCAAAACUAGGGGGCGAGUCUUCGCCGCCUCCACUUCGCAGCUAUUCCGCGAAGAAAGCGUCCAAUUUCCCAACGCUUAAAUUCUCUCCUCCUUCCGGCACAAAACCAUAUCUUGCUUCCAUAAUCGCACAAUCAGAAGCAUAUCAGCGACGAAUGGACACUGCGGAGAAGAAGGAGAUCGAGGCUAAGGCACCUUCAGUCCCAUCGACGACGCCGCCGCCCCCACAACCUGCUGCUUCUCCGGCCCCUCCCGCGUCUGGCGGAGAAGUGGACGCCGACGGAGAGGCGGAAGAGCGUGAGCGGCAGGCUCGCGAACUCAAAUCUGGUCUCCAUCCCUUAAAGCAUAAAUUUGUGUUUUGGUAUACUCGUCGAACACCGGGGGUACGAUCUCAGACUUCAUAUGAGGAAAAUAUAAAGAAGAUUAUUGAAUUCAGCACGGUUGAAGGCUUCUGGGUCUGUUAUUGCCAUUUGGCUCGCCCUUCAACUCUACCUAGUCCAACAGAUCUGCACCUGUUCAAAGAGGGAAUUAGACCCCUAUGGGAGGAUUCUGCAAACUGCAAUGGUGGAAAGUGGAUAAUACGUUUCAAAAAGGUUGUUUCAGGACGAUUUUGGGAAGACUUGGUUCUUGCAUUGAUUGGCGAUCAGCUAGAUUAUGGCGAGAACAUAUGUGGUGCUGUUCUCAGCAUUAGAUUCAAUGAGGAUAUCCUAAGUGUUUGGAAUCGCAAUGCAUCAGAUCACCAGGCUGUGAUGGCCUUAAGGGACUCAAUCAAGCGGCACCUAAAGCUUCCGCCAAGCUAUGUUAUGGAGUACAAACCUCAUGACGCAUCUCUGCGCGACAACUCCUCUUACAGGAACACUUGGUUGAGAGGCUAGGCAAGUCUGUUUCUAGUUUAAUGUUCAACAAUGUGGAUUUCUGGUUUAUUAACUUUAGCAUCUGGACUGGUUCGUUAGUUUUUUCCGUGAAAACUUUAGUUAGAAUUUGGGAGAGAGAGAGAGAGAGAGAGAGGAACAUGCACACAAGUUAUUUGCAUUUAUAUUUCUGAUCUUUGACCAAGAAUCUGGAGUGUUAUUUGUGUUUAAUUUUUCAGAAAGGUUUGUUCUAUCA